AUGGUGGAGGACGGCGGCGAGGAGGAGGCGGAAGGGGACAGCGGGGGGAUGCCGGCGGCCAGCGCCGCGCCCCCGGGGCAGCGCUGCAACGGCUUCCUACCUGGCAAGGAGGAGGAGGAGGACGGGCGGGCCGGGGAGCGGGCGGAGGCCGAGGCCAUGCUGUCGGCAGCGGGCGGCCCGGUGGAGACGCGGCUGUCGCGGCGGCGGCUGGCGGUGCUGGCCGUCUUCAGCAGCUACUCGCUGGUGAACGCUUUCCAGUGGAUCCAGUACAGCAUCCUCAGCAACAUCUUCGCGGUCUUCUACGGCGUCUCCUUCACGCAGAUAGACUGGCUCUCCAUGGUCUACAUGGUGGCCUACGUGCCGCUGAUCCUGCCCGCUACCUGGCUGCUGGACACCCGCGGGCUGCGGCUCACGGCGCUGCUGGGUGCCGGCCUCAACGGGCUGGGAGCCUGGCUCAAGUGCGGCAGCCUGGCUCCCAGCCGGUACCCGCUCACCCUGGCAGCACAGGCUGUCUGCGCCGUCGCACAGGUCUUCAUCCUGGGGCUGCCUUCGCGCAUCGCAUCCGUCUGGUUCGGCCCCACCGAGGUCUCCACCGCCUGCGCCGUGGCUGUGCUGGGCAACCAGCUUGGCACUGCAAUAGGCUUUUUGUUGCCACCUGUUUUGGUUCCAAAUACACCGAAAGAUAUCGAUCUAAUGGCACAUAACAUCAGCAUCAUGUUCUAUGGAACAGCAAUAGUAUCCACACUUUUGUUCUUCUUAACAGGCGUUGUGUUUGAAGAAAAGCCCAAGUACCCUCCUAGUCACUCUCAAGCAGUCCUGCAGACUGUGCCUCCCGAGGAUUACUCCUACAAGCAGUCAAUUAUUAACUUGUUCAGAAAUACUCCAUUUGUACUUCUGCUCAUCAGUUAUGGUAUUAUGACUGGAGCAUUUUAUUCUGUCUCCACACUCUUAAACCAGAUGAUAUUAACUCAUUAUGAGGGAGAAGAAGUGAACGCUGGGAGAAUUGGCUUGACACUGGUGGUGGCAGGAAUGGUGGGUUCGAUUAUUUGUGGUUUGUGGCUGGAUUACACUAAAACAUACAAACAAACUACUUUGAUCGUUUACAUUCUCUCUUUCAUUGGAAUGCUGGUGUUUACCUUCACCCUGGACCUCGGAUACCUUACAGUGGUGUUUGUGACUGGAGGAGUACUGGGGUUCUUCAUGACUGGCUAUCUCCCACUUGGCUUUGAGUUUGCUGUGGAAAUUACAUACCCAGAGUCUGAAGGCACUUCCUCAGGUCUCCUUAAUGCAUCAGCACAGAUAUUUGGAAUUAUCUUCACACUUGUUCAAGGAAAACUCACAACAGACUACAGUCCUCGUGCAGGAAACCUCUUCCUUUGUGCUUGGAUCUUUGUGGGCAUUAUCUUAACAGCCUUAAUAAAAUCAGAUUUGCGAAGACACAAUGUGAAUUCAGGGAUAAUGAAUUUGGAUGUUAAAGCUGUUCCAGUUGAGAGUCCUGUCGAACCAGAAAACACUGCAUUAAAAGUUCAGUCAGCUUUAUAAAAGCUCAAAGAAGGUGGCUUUAGAAAUGCACAAGUUUGGUUGCCUACCGAACAAUAGUAAUUAGUGUAAUCACUGGAUUUGUGUGUAUGAGUAGUAAAAUGUGUUUGGUGAUGCCGGUGAUUGUUGCGUGAUAGGAACUAGGAAGAUGCUCAGUUCAUUUUGCCCAUGACGCAGGCAGUUCACUUUUGUAUGGAGUAUUUAUUAUAGCAGGUUUCAAGUUCUGCAGUUUCAUUAGUAGAGAACUGUGUGAACACUCUCCAGGCAUCACAAGUUCCUUUUUAAAUGUAUCUGUAUUUUUAAUAUAAGCCAAUGGUUCCUUCUGGGGAACUGUCUAUAGCACAACGGUGAAAACAAGAGAUGACUGCAAACGUGUGUGUUUCAGACUGACAUUGCUUUUGCCUUGAAACUUCUCGAUGGGUAUCAGAAGGCAGAUAAAAGAAAACGCUGUCUUACAGAUUCAUUGUAACAUUUCCAGGGAGAUUUAGAGAGUCUCCCACUAGAUAAACUGAAGAAAAACCCCAUUUCUUGUUAAAUGCAAAGGAGGAGAAAGGCCUUUGUCUCUACUGUGGAGUAUUUAUAGGCAAUGGAACACUACCACACAGGUUGCCUCCACAUUUGAGUGCUUUCUCAGUUAAAAUGAGAGGAGUACGUGUUUACAAAGAGCUGGUGCCUUUACUUUGUAAGGAAGAUCCUUGCCUCAUCCUGAGUUUAAUCAGUGCUGCUGAAGAAAUUCCAUGUUGUGUGUUAAACCUUCUCUGAGUGUUUGUGGCGUAUCAAACCGUGUUCUAUCCUUUUGUGCAUUUGUUUCUCUGUUAUGAACUGUGUAACUUGUCUUAAGAGAUGUUUUUGUGCUCAUACGAUUUAAAUCACGUGUGCAGUUAAGAGCUGUAAGGAUGACUGAAGGGAAAAUAGUGAUGUUUCAUUUUGAGGAAACAUUUGCUGUUUAUAUCAUACAUCUUGGUUACAAAAGGAGCCGACUUCAUUAACAUUCACCUUGUGUUAUUAGAUUGAUCUGAAUUUGGGAUGUGGAUUUCUCACUGCGGUGCUUUUAAACUAUUCUCCUUUACCUUGUGCUGUAUCUCUACACCUCCAGAACUGAUAGCAGCACAAUAACAGUGGAGCCCUACUAUUACUGAAUAAGUCAGGCCUGACUUGGUGGACUUUCUGCAGACACUUAAGCUUUGGUAGUAUUUAAGCUGAGCCUGCAGGUUCAUUGCCAUCAAUGAUGCCAUCUCUUUGAGUUCCCACAGAUGUCAUGCCAUCCAGGAGGUGGAAUCCUACUUGAAGUUUUCCACAGGUUGUUACAGUUGGGUAUGGGGACCUUUUAAACUCCAAACUAAGUCUUUCAGUAUGACAAGUAUCAUGAAAUGCUUUUCUUUUUUCUCAUUUCACUGUAAAUGUAGAGAAUAGUUUUAUGUAGA